GUUCAGUCAAAUAAGUAGACUACCAUCGAUUGGACAUAACUGAAUAUCUGGGACUGUACCAAAAUAACAAGAAGUGACUGUGAAGGAACCAAUCUAUACUUACUGCUUCAAAAAAAAAAUUGGAAUUUGAAAUCUGGAAAUUCGAAGCGUAGUUUUAAUCUACCCGUUACUUGCAAGGUUAUGAAGGACGUGAUCGAGCAGAAACUCAAAUCUUUGGACCCACUUCAUAUCGAAGUAGUUGACCUUUCGGAUGGAUGUGGUCUGAAAUUUGAUGUGAAAAUCAUUUCUCAGGAGUUUGAGGGUAAAUCACUUCUUGACAGACACAGGAUUGUUCAUAGAUUGUUAGAAGAAGAAAUGAGGUCAAUACAUGCUUUAACUUUGAAAACACUGACCCCUUCACAAUGGUCGCUUAAGCCGAUCUAAUCCCUUCUCUCACUGACCUAAUAUUCAUCAAGCUCAAUCAUUUCCAGUUGUCAUAUGUUUUUGUAAAUAAAUAUCUCAUGGUACUG